GAGAGAGAGAGAAGGGUGGGUGUAUUUUCGUUUUGGAAGAUCGGUCGCUGUUUCCAGUCCACAUGAAGAAAAGGAAAGGAAAGAGCUUUUUUAAAUUUUGGGCUGUAAACGAAAUCCAAAAGCCAUGUCUUUGGGAAUAUUCUUCCGGGUUAGCAAUAACCAUCUCACUCACGAGUGGUCGUCUGGUCUGCCUCUGGGGGGAAAGGCUGCCCAAAUCGGUGAAAGAGUGGGAUCCAGAAGAAGAAGAAGAUGUGGUGCCUCUCUUGCCUCAAACCCUCUACUUCUGAGGAUCCUUUUGAAGCAGAAAUUGAUCUUGCCUUGGCAGUUUCACGGGAAGAAGCUGACAUUCAAGAAGCUAAACAGCUUGCUUCCGCCCUUCAAGAAUCUUCUCGCCUCCAAAAACAACAUGAGGAUGAGGAGAAAAGGCGUGCCAGAGAGUUAGAGAAGGAUGCUCAGAUAGCCCGUGCUUUUCAAUAUGAUGAAAGAGAUAAUAACUCUGCAUUGGAAGAUGAAAAACAUGAGCAGCCUGCUAAGAUUGCUGUGGAGAGUUUUCAAGAUAAAGGCAAAAUAAAACAGUUUGAAGAGCAAGUGAAGAAUGAUGAACAGGUGGCACAAGAUCUUCAAAACCGCUUCCACAAGAUGGCAUAUGAGGAAAGUUUAGGGCUGCAUGUGCUUGACGACAAAGAUGAGCAGCUUGCUAAAACCGUUAAGAGCUCAAAGGAGAAACGCAAAAGCAAACAGUUCGAAGAACAAGUGAAAAAGGAUGAGCAGGUAGCGCAAGAUCUUCAGAACCGCUUCAACAAGAUGGCAUAUGAGGAAAGUCAUGAUAACGCUGUGUUGGACGAGCUUGCUAAUACCGUGAAGAGUUUCAAGGAAAAACGCAAAAGCAAACAGUUUGAAGAACAAGUGAAGAAUGAUGAACAGGUAGCGCAUGAUCUCCAAAACCUCUUGAGUGAGAUGCCAUACAAAGAGAGUGCGAGGCUGCAUGAUAACUCUGUGUUGGGCAAUGAAGAUGAGCAGUUUCCUAAGACCGUUGGGAGGAGUUUAAAAGUGAAAGGUAAAGAAAAGAUACUUGAAGAUGAACAAGUGAAGAAGGAUGAAGAACUUGCUGCGAGAGUUCAUGAGCGUCUAAACAUGCAUGUGAAGAAGGAUGAAGAGCUUGCUCUGGUUCUCCAGGAGAGUCUGAACAUGGUAGAGCCUCCUCCUCGUCCUCGGAUUGAAGAACGUAAAAAUAUUCCUCGUGGAGCUGCGUUGGAUGUUAAGAAGAGUUCAAAAGAGAAAGGCAAAGGAAAGAAAAGUGAAGGUGAACAAGUGAAGAAGGACGAAGAGCUUGCUCUGAUUCUCCAGGAGAGUCUGAACAUGGUAGAGCCUCCUCCUCGUCCUCGUAUUGAAGAACGUAAAAGUAUUCCUCGUAGAGCUGUGUUGGAUAGAGAAGAGCAGCUUGCUAAGGAGAGGUCAAAAGAGAAAGGCAAAGGAAAGCAAAUUGAAGAUGAACAAGCGAAGAAGGAUGAACAACUUGCUGUGAUUGUUCAGGAGAGUCUGAACAUGGUAGAGUCUCCUGAAGAAAACAGCAACAUUUCCUCCUCUAGAGCUCCGAUGGAUGAAGAUGAGCAGCGGAUUAUUUGGGAGAGUUUGAAGGGGAAGGGUCUAAUAACUCAAUCCGAAGAUGAGGUGGAAGAUGUUGGAAAGCUCGUAGAGGCGAAUCCUCCUCCUCCUCGGUGUGGUGGUUGUUACUAUGAGAUUGAACACGAAAGGUCUGUGGAUGUCUUGGGUGUUCUUUGGCAUCCUAAAUGUUUAAUAUGUGGUGCUUGCCACAAUCCAAUUGCUAUCCACGAGGUUGAAACCCAUGUCUCAAACCUAAGAGGCAAGUUUCACAAAAACUGCUAUCGCCGUUACUGCUAUGUCUGCCAAGAGAAAGUGAAGAUUAGAAUGUUUAAUGAACAUCCUUUUUGGAAGGAGAGAUACUGCCCUGAUCAUGAUUCUGAUGGAACUCACAAGUGUUUCAGUUGCGAGAGGCUAGAGCCUAGGGAAACAAACUUUGUGGAGCUUGAUGAUGGUAGGCGGUUAUGUCUAGAAUGUAUGGACUCAGCGGUUAUGGAUACUUACGAAGUCCAGCCUCUGCACUUUGAAAUCCGUGAAUUCUUCGAAGGCUUAAACAUGAAAAUCGAGAGAGAAUUUCCUUUUCUUUUGGUGGAGAAACAAGCACUGAAUAAGGCCGAGGAGGAAGAGAAGAUUGACAAUGAGGAUGGUGUGGUAACCCGAGGUAUUUGCCUGUCUGAAGAGCAGAUUGUCACAAGUGUGUCAAAAGGGCCAAAGUUGGGGCCGAACAAGCAGCUAAUAGGGAAGACCACGGAAUCUCAAAAGGUUGUGAGUGGAUGCCCGGUCACUGCAAUUCUCAUCUUAUAUGGACUUCCUAGGUUGCUAACAGGAUAUAUCUUGGCUCACGAGAUGAUGCAUGCUUAUCUUAGACUCAAUGGAUGUAGGAAUCUGAACACCGUUAUGGAAGAAGGAAUAUGCCAAGUGCUAGGCCACAUGUGGUUGGAGACUCAGACAUACGCCACUAUUGAUGCUGCAGCUUCAUCAUCAUCAGCAGCAGCAGCAGCAGAAUCUUCUUCUUCUUCUUCGAGGACUCCUAGUGAAGCAAAUGCGGGAAAGAAAGGGGAGUGGUCAGAGUUCGAGAAGAAGCUGGUGGAGUUUUGCAAGAAUCAGAUAGAGACAGAUGAAUCAGCAGCGUAUGGUGAUGGGUUUAGGAAAGUUGACCAUAUGGUGACAAACUCCAGCCUCAAGGAUACCCUCAAAGAGAUUCUUCGCCGGGGUUGAAGAAGACGACGGAUGAUUCCAGCUUUAAAGUUUUGUAUCAGCCAUUUUCUUUUUCAUCAUGGCUUUUUGUUUUUUCAAUAAAGCUUGUGUGAGUGUGCAAACAGUUUUUUUUUUCCCUUCCUUAAGCAGUUGUAUCCUCCUCGGAUUCAAUUCUUCCGGUGGAUUUAAAAAUCACUUUUCGUCAUUUCCCUAGUUAUAAAUAGUUUCAUACAUUCAAAAAAAGCUGUCUUGUCUUGCCCAGCUAUCGUCGUCUAGCGAAUGCACACCAGGUGUUCGACUAUUUGUUCCAACCACUAGUUUCUCGGUAGGCUUUUUCAUUGUGACUGGAGAUGUUUUCUCUAACCUUCUCCAACUCUGUUAAGCCACUCCACUCCGUUAUUACACGGCAAGUUCGAUUCUUUUCGCGUGACCCAUUCCCAAACAAACUCCAGCAUUACCUUUACAGAGCUAACCUCAUCGAUUCCAUCCGUCUCACCCUCCGCUCCACACCCGUCUCAGAGACCGACCUAACUACUCUCUUAAACCACCGUCUUCUCUAACCUUUGUCGUCAAGAACGCUUUACGCUCCACUCCUUCCCUCGCUUCCGCUUGGUCUAUCUUCAAAUCCCUCAGGAAGAUAAGCCCUCAACUUUCAUAUGAAUCUGAGACACUUCACGCCUUCGCCACCGUUCUUGCAAAGUUCCAGCGAUCUUCACAGCUCAAAUCUCUUAUUGGAGUUGUCCACGCUGGCAAAUUCGGCCAUGUUCAGUUCAGCUUUAUGAAAUUUCAGGUUUUGGAAGAAUAUGGAAACCUUCCAAAGAUGAAUCCUCCUCGUAGCAUGUGUGGUGGUUGCAACUCUGAGAGUGAACAUGGAAGAUCUGUGGAUGUCUUUGGCAUCCUGAGUGUCUCUGGUGUGAUGCUUGCCACAAACCAAUAGCUGUCCACGAGGUUGAGAACCAUGUACGAAAACCCGAAAAACUAAUAGCUCGGUAUUUUUAUGUACUCGACUUGCUCAUUUAUAUUUGCUGAUGCAAAACCUGAAUCCUCGGUAAAUAACACCUUAGUUUUCAAACUCAAGAGGCAAGUUUCACAAUGCUUGCUAUGAACGGUACUGCUAUGUCUGCAAAGAGAAGAAGAUGAAAAAAAUUCCAUCAGCAUCCUUUCUGGGAGGAGAGGUACUGCCCUGCUUAUGAAUCUGAUGGAACUCCCAAGUGUUUCAGUUGCGAGAGGCUAGAGCCUAUGGGAACGAACUAUGUAAAGCUCAGUGAUGGUAGGUGGCUAUAGAAUGUAUGGAAUCUGCGGUUAUGGAUACGUGAAUCCUUCGAAGGCUUAAACAUGAAAAUCGAGAGAUAAUUUCCUUUUCUUUUGGUGGAAAAACAAGCAUUGAAUAAAGCUGAGGUGGAAGAGAAGAUUGACUAUCAAUAUGAGGUGGUAACCAGAGGUAUUUGUCUGUCUGAAGCGCAGACCAUCAUCACAAGUGUAUCAAAAAGGCCAGGGAUGGGGCCGCACAAUCAGCUAAUUGACAUGGUUACAGACUCUCAGAGGGUUGUUCGUGACUGCGAGGUCACUGCAAUUCUCAUUCUAUAUGGACUACCUAGGUUAAUGACAGGAUAUAUAUUGGCUCACGAGAUGAUGCAUGCUUAUCUUAGACUCAAUGGAUAUAGGAAUCUGAACACCGUUAUGGAAGAAGGAAUAUGCCAAGUGCUAGGAGCCUAGGACACAUGUGGUUGGAGUCUCAGACAUACGCCCCUAUUGAUGCUACUGAAGCAGUAGCUUCAUCAUCAUCAACAGGGCCGGCCCUGGGCCAAGCCCAAUGAAACAUUCGCCUUGGGCCCAGAAAAUUUUUGAAAAUUUUUAUAUGUAAAUAGGCUCCUCAAUUUGUAAAAAAAAAAAUUUUUAGGCCCCCAAAUUUUUGAAGUCUUCACCGAAUGGUCUUGGGCCUCCAAACUCUCGGGGCCGGCCCUGAUCAUCAGCUUCUUCUACCCACACUUCAGCUGCUAAGAAAGGUGCAUGCUCUGAUUUUGAGAAGAAACUGGUGGAUUUUUGCAAGAAUCAGAUAGAAACAGAUGAUUCACAGGUGUACGGUGUGGGGUUCAUAAAAGUUAACAAGAUGGUGAGCAAUUCCGGCCUCAAGGAAACCCUCGAGAUUAUUCACCCGGGACUCACGCUUUCAAACCAUUACCAAGUACCCCUUUUUAUUCUGUUUUCCUUCUCUGGUGUGUGUUUUUCUUCUUGUGGGAUUGUGCUGCUUCGUGUGAAUAAGGCUAUGUUGCUGUGUUGAAAGUGGAAACUAUUUUAUUUUCUCGUAAAUUUGGAACCUUUCGAGGAUUUUGUGUUAA